AGGCAGAAUUAGAUCAAAUACUCAUACUGCUGCUGCCUGUUGCUGAGUGGAAGACAGCAGAAAACCCUGGAUUCAAACCUCCAUUAGGUUUUUGUUUUCCUUGUUUGGUUUCCUUUCAUUUUGCCUUAAGAAGAUGAACAAUGAGACCACAGCCCUGAUAUCCUUGAAGGAGGCAAUGAAAAGAGUAGACCACAAACUCCAAGCUUUAGAAGCACAGUUUAAAGAACUGGACUGCACCAAGGAUGGUCUGACCCAGAGAUUUGAAGAGCAUAGCAAGGCUCUGGCAAGCCAGGCAGCCCAAGAUGAGCUGUGGAGAGCAGUUCUGGCAACCAAAUUCACUUCAAUGGAACUGAAUAUUUUAUACAGCUACGUCAUCGAAGUACUCAUCUGCUUGCACACUCGUGUGCUUGAGAAGCUGCCAGACCUGGUGCAAGGUCUUCCCACCUUAGCCUCUGUCCUGAAACGAAAAGUCAAGAACCAGCGCGUUAGAGUCAUGUGGGAGUCUGUCCUGGAGGAGUGUGGGCUGCAAGAAGGAGAUAUCACAGCACUUUGUACCUUCUUUAUUGCCCAUGGUAACAAGGCAGAAUACUAUGGUGCUAAAGUGAGGCAGAUGUAUAUCAGGGAUGUCACUUUCCUGAUCACUAACAUGGUAAAGAACCAGGCUCUGCAGGAUAGUUUGCUGAGGGCUGUGCAGGUCAUUGGGAAGGGGAAAGCAGCGAGGUCCCCCGAAGAGCAAAAGUCAUCCCUAAAAGAGUUGAUGCCAUCAGUCAGAAGCUAACUUUGAUGACCAAGAGAUUCUACUUCUAGCAGUUUAUCUUGCAAAUGGAGAAAAGAAGAUGUAUGUACAAUUUAUCACAGGCUUAUUUUUAUAGCAAAAGUGGGGGGAGCCUUAAACAAACUAUGAUAAAUUGAUACAAUGGAUACUUUCUGUGUAGCAAUAUAAGAGAAUGAAGAAGUUCUUUGUGUAACUGUAAAAUGAUAAGGAGUUAUUACCAAGAUGUAUUAUUUUAAAAUAUUUCCUAUAUAUUGUUAAGUAGAAAAAAGGGCAAAAACAAACACACACACACACACACACACACAAGCUAAUAUAUCCAUAAACUUCAUAAGCUUCUUCUGGAGAGAUACAUUAGAAAGUAAGAACAUUGGUUCUCUCAGGGAAAAAAAUGAAGAGGCUAGGGGUCAAAGGUAGGAGGAAUUCUUUUCACUGUUACUCCAUUUUGUACAUUUUGAAUUUUGAACCAUGUGAAUGUACUAUAUACUAGAAGACAAAAAAACAAUAAAAACACCUAAUAUAUAUUGUAUGUUAUGCACUUUCUCUCCAGUACACUACCAUAGUUAUUUUACACUGGAAAGGGAACUCUUACACAUUGACUAUAUAUUAAAGUAUCUACUGGGGCGCCUGACUGGCUCAGUUGAUAAAGCACAUGAUUCUUGAUCUCAGGGUUGUAGGUUUAAGCCCCAUAAUGGAUAUAGAAAUUACUUAAAAAUAAAAUCUUAAAAAAAUUUUAUUGAACACCAAAUGCCAUGUACUAGGUGCUGUGAAUAACAGAAACAUUUAAAAAUGUGGACCCUGUCUUCCAGGUAAAGGUUAAGUGCUUAUGCAUUAUUUGGGAGGUACAAAUUCAGAUUAACCAAAAUGAGGUAACAUUCUGGAAGGAGUUAGGUAGAGGAUUCGAAGUAAUACGAUAUGAUGUAUUACCUUGCUGGCCCUCUUUGAAAAUGAGCCAUGACACAGCAGCUUGCUUGGUAGAUAAAUGCACUCAGUCUUGGAGCAUCUGGCUGGCUCAGCUGGUAGAGCAUUAGACUCUUGCUCUCAAGGUUGUAAGUUUGAGCCCCAUGUUGGGUGUAGAGAUGACUUAAAAAUAAAAUCUUGAGGGGCGCCUGGGUGGCUCAGUCGGUUAAGCGGCUGCCUUCGGCUCAGGUCAUGAUCCCAGGAUCCUGGGAUUGAGCCCCGUGUUGGGCUCUCUGCUCAGCGGGGAGCCUGCUUCUCCCUCUGCUCCUCACCUUGCUCACUCUCUCUCACUCUCUCUCAAAUAAACAAAUAAAUAAUAAAAAAUAAAUAAAAUCUUGAAAAAAAAAUGCACUUUUUUUUCCUUGUCCUCCCCAGACACACUGGAGAAACCAUGCCUUGGAAGGAAUAUGGAAAGGGAAUUUCUCUGUCAUGCUCACUUAGUCUACUGUUUUCAGUUGGCUGAAGUUUGUUCCAUGGGGAGUAACUGCCCCCACCACUCUACUUCCAGGAUGCAUCAUUUAAGUCCUCCCAGCAGCCAGUAGAAAGCCAGUGCCUGCCUUGCUCAGUGCAAUGUUUCACUGGAGUCCAGAAGUGGUAGAAAGAGCUAGAGAUUCUAGAAAUGCAACUGGUCAGCCCCAGGCAGAGCAAGGGACUAUGGGUCCACACUUGAUCUUAGUCAAAAGGCCGAGAAGCGAUGGGACUAUGGGUCCAGAAAGUAAACAAGGCCAAGGAAAUCUGAGGAAGCACAUAAAAUGUAUCCAUUACACAGACAUAAAUACCUGAACAUAUAAAUUAAAAUGUUAAGAGUUAAAUAAUAAGACUACAGUAAAAACCACUAUCAGUAGGCAAUACAUGAUUAGGUGAGUUCAGAGGAGGGUUAUCACUGUGUGAUUGAAGAUUGAGGACUACUUCCUGGAGGAAGCACAUUGAAUUGAUCCUUCAAGUAGGCAAAGCACCAAAGUAACUCAUGAGUUAAGAUUUCAAACUAUGGCCUGAAAGCACAAGAUCUGGAUGCUAGCGACUAGAUCAUAGUUGAAUGUUUGAAAGGAUAAUGGGGGGGGCACCUGGGUGGCUCAGUUGUCAGGCGUCUGCCUUCGGCUCAGGUCAUGAUCUCAGGGUCCUGGGAUCGAGCCCCACAUCAGGCUCCCUGCUCAGCCGGAAGCCUGCUUCUCCCUCUCCCACUCCCCCUGCUUGUGUUCCCUCUCUCACUGUGUCUCUCUCUGUUAAAUAAAUAAAAUAUUUUUAAAAAAAUAAAAGGAUAAUGGGAGGGGGCUUCUGGGUGGCUCAGUCUGUUGGGUGUCCGUCUCUU